GUGUGUAUAUAUAUAUAUAUAUAUAUAUGUACACAGAGCCUGCAGCCAAGCCAAGCUAUGAGGAGGGAGGAGAAAAAGGAUGACAGCAGAGGCUUCUGGGAGAGGCUGCUCUGCUGCAUCUGCGAUGCGGUGGAGGCAGCAACAGAAGGAGAGUUUCCACAAUCAAAACCCAGCUACCCGCCACCAAAGAAGCAACCUAGCGACGCAAAGAAACCGGAGGACAGCCAAGGCACCAAAGCUUCCGACGACCACCCACCUCCUGCAAUUGGCACCUUGAACAUGACACUGUCGAUCUGCGAGGACGAGCAAGCAAAGCCGCCAGCAACAAAGGAAUCCCCAGAUGGACGGACCAAGCAGAAUGGAACGCAGCCUACAGCGGCGAAGGAAAACCAACGCCAAGAAAGUCAGCACAAACAAGACGGCGGACAGCCUCAGGGGAAUAAUUAGAUGGAGUGCUCAAGCUGCCCGUCGGUGGUCACACAGGAAGCUUUGCUGCGUGGGUUAUUCGUCUCACGGUUACUGUUUCCACGAAAAGAAUGUAAUUACUAAGCUGAUGGCAGGCAAGAAGAUCGAACCUGUCAUCCUUUCAUGGCUUGAUUUGGUUUCUGCCCAUCGCUUGUCGAAAUAAAAGCUGUAGCUGGAAUAACUGUUGAUCAUGGAAGAGAUAAAAUAAGCUCUGGCUUGCUGAUCUCCUUUUAA